AGUGGACUGCAGCUCUCUCUCUCUCCCCAGAAGCCAAGCGUCAGACUGCGUCUCGCCGAGCCCGGAUUCUCCCUAUCCCACGCCAAGAGGGCCAGCUGCUUUUCGGGGAGGGAAUCUGCCAUCGUCAGGCUCAGACAGUCCUGUCCCGAGGGGGCCGGGCCAACAGGAACACCCCUUUUUCAAACCAUGGGCACCUGCAGGAAAAGAUGCAAGAGGCAGAUCCUGAAAUUCGCCCAGUACGCCUACAGGAUAAUCACCGGCACACUCAGCACGGACAGUGUCGAUGAUGAACUCGAGCAGUCCAUGGUACGCCACCGCCCUGAGGCGCUGGAACACUUGGAGGCAGAGACCAAGUUUACAAAGAAGGAACUUCAGAUCCUCUACAGGGGCUUCAAGAAUGAAUGUCCAAGUGGGAUUGUUAAUGAGGAGACUUUUAAAAGCAUCUAUGCCCAGUUCUUCCCCCAGGGAGAUGCAUCGAGGUAUGCACAUUUUUUGUUCAAUGCAUUUGAUACAGAUCACAAUGGAUCUCUGAGUUUUGAAGACUUUGUCAUGGGCCUCUCCAUCUUGCUAAGGGGCUCGGUGCAGGAGAAGCUGAACUGGGCCUUCAAUCUGUAUGACAUAAACAAAGAUGGAUAUAUAACUAAAGAGGAAAUGCUGGACAUCAUGAGAGCCAUUUAUGACAUGAUGGGGAGAUGUACAUACCCGAUGCUGAAGGAAGAAGCCCCCAAACAGCACGUGGAACUGUUCUUCCAAAAAAUGGACAAAAAUCAGGAUGGUGUGGUAACCAUAGAUGAGUUCAUUGACUGCUGCCAAAAAGAUGAAAAUAUAAUGAGGUCCAUGCAGCUGUUUGAGAACGUCCUAUAACUGGAACCUAAUACGGAGUCCCCGUUCUCAUCCUUCAACAUACCCAGUACUUCCCAGGAUGUUCAACACAGUAUUGAAAGAUAGCGUUACGCGUUGCGGCACAUUUCUUAGUGUUUUAUGCAAACUGUGCUCAUUUGACUGUGCUCACAUUUUACAAUAUGCUGUAUAUUUUUGAAUGGUAAGAUUCAUUUUGGAAAUUUGAGGAGGGCGUAUUUGGUAUUCUAGCAUUUUUAAAUAUGAAUAGAAACAAGAAAUAUUCUCAUAUAAUUUUUAGGAUUGACUAUUGAUCCAGUAACCCAGCCAACUCCACCUUAUUUUCUUCUGUUACUGAAAAUCUUUGACUGGCUGCAUUAAACAGCAGUAUUAUGGCCAGACCUUUAUAACGAAGCAGAGUUAUAGCAUUCGAUUGAGCUGUCAUCUUUAUUGUUCCUUUGGAAGUUUCCAAGAGGGACACAUCUCCACAUCUUUUAAUCUUCUGUCAAUCAAGAGCAACCUUCCCUGAAAGAUAACUGUGUUAGACAAGUGUAUAAACAAAACAAAUGUAAGUGAUAUUUUAUGAUGUAUGAGUGAGUUGGAUGACAGUUUAUGAUUAUUUGCCAAUCAAAUUAGGUAGCUACAUGCUACUCAAGUCUUCAAGUCAAAAAGCAUAGCACAGUUCUUCAUUAAAUUUAGCAUACUGUACUUGAUAUUUCAUGAGCAAUGGCAGUGCUUUAUUACCUUAUGCAGAGCAACUUAUGGAAAAUAUGAAUCACAUAAAAUAACAUUCUAUACUGCUCUAUAAAUACUUUAUAAUACUGAAUUUUCUAAUGCUAAAGGUUGUGUAUGUGAUGUAAGCGUGGUCCAAUGUCCUAUCAUAGAUUGUAUGUACUUCCUGUUUAAAGUCUUGGCAGAUAUCGGAGUGUAGGUUUAAAUAGAAGCACACUGAUGCAGUAGUAUUUACCUCAAAUGCAGACGUAACAUGAAAUCCUAGCAUACUACUGAAGGCGAUUACAUUUUCUAAAUGUUUCUAUUCUAGAACUGGACGCAAGUUAUUCAUACGUAUUGCUUUAUUAAGUGCUUUCAUCCAUUGUUUUCACUGCUAUCUGCUGCAUGGUAAGCAAAACUGGACUACACAUGCAGGAUAAAUAUAAAUAAAUGCAGUGUUAUUUCUGGGAUGUGACACAGAGGACAAGGUACAUGUUUUUUAUUGUCUUGUAAAGCAAUCAUUAAAAUUAUUUUAAAAACUCA